UAAUUCCUAAUAGGAUAUAGUAGUGACUUGUAAAUUAUGGCCAAGUCUAUCAAAAUAUAAUCGUUUAAUAAUAUAGAAAGGAAUGUUCACUAUCUAAUCACAAGUGUCCACGUAGGCAGGUGCAUGUCACAAGGGAGAAGCCAAGCAUCUCACUUGGGUUUUCUUUUCUUUUCCCCAAUUGCAAUUGGAAUUGGGUGAGUGUGAGUCCCUUCCUUCCCUUGUAAGACAGGGCAACAUGAAUGCCCUUUUGUUUCAAUUAUGGCAUGCAAUGCCAUGCCUCAUGAGAUAAAAUAAUAAUACUAAUUAAUUAAUAAAUAAGUAAAUGCAACCAAUCUGAGAAUCCACAUGCAAUGGAGAAUGCAAUGCAUGAGAGAAUUAUAACUUGAAGAAAAACCCAAGAAUGCAUUGCAUAAUUGAACUAACCGCAGAUAGUGUAGGUUGAAACACAUAUGGGUUAACUAUCUACUUUGAUUCAUUUACGACUACAUCUUUAGUCUCUGGCAGUUCUAUUUUCCCCCUCCCCCAAAAACAGUGACAAAGGAGAAGUCAUGAAAACAGAGGACUUUCUCUCUCCCAGCUCACCUCCUUCUAAACAUCCUCCAAGCAAACAGAGACACAGAGAGUGGGAAACAGAGGAUAGAAGCAGAGAGAGAACUAUCCCAAAAGGAAAAAAUCCUCCUUUCCCCUCAAAUAAAAUAAAAAUCGAGUCUUUAUUUCUUUAUCUUAAUCUCAGCCCACCAAUCUUCUCUCAUGGAUCCCAAAACCUCCUCCAACUCAAAACAUCACCACCUCCUACACCCUUCUUCGUCCUCUUCUACAUCAUCUCAUGAACUGCAACACCUCCUAGCCAACAACAGCAGAACCAUGGGAGAGAUGAACACCACCACCAGCAGCAACAAACCAGCUGAAAUCAAGGACUUCCAAAUAGUAAUAGCAGCAGAAUCAAACCCAAAGCAAAACCCACCACCACAACCAUCCAAGAAGCAGACCCAACCCCAAAUUCAGACCCAGAACCAGACCCAGCAGUUAGCUCCCAAGCGAAGCUCAAACAAGGACAGGCACACGAAAGUUGAAGGCCGAGGGAGGAGGAUAAGGAUGCCAGCUCUAUGUGCAGCAAGGAUUUUCCAGUUGACCAGAGAAUUAGGUCAUAAAUCCGAUGGAGAAACCAUCCAGUGGCUUCUCCAGCAGGCUGAGCCUUCCAUUAUAGCUGCCACCGGUACUGGGACCAUCCCGGCCUCUGCCUUGGCUUCAGCUGGUCCUCUCCCCAUUUCUUCUUCUACUUCUCAUUUCCCUUCCUCUGGGGUUCAUUCUGAUUUGGGGCCCAGCUCCAGUAGGCCCACCAAUUGGCCACCAGCAGGAGUAGGGAUUUGGCCGUACGCUUCUGCCCUUGCUGAGAAUAGUAAUCCUAACAAUUACUUGCAGAAAAUUGGGUUUCCAGCUGGGUUCGACUUGAGUGGUGGAAAUCUGGGACAUAUGAGCUUUGCAUCAAUUUUGGGAGGGGGGAACGGUAAUAGUAGUCAUCAUCAGCAGCAAUUGCCUGGUUUGGAGCUUGGGUUGUCACAGGAUGGGCAUAUUGGAGUGAUAAAUCCACAGGCUUUGAGUCAAAUUUAUCAGCAGAUGGGUCAAGGGAGAGUGAAUCAGCACCACCAUUUACAGCAGCAGAAUAGUCAGAAUCAGAGUCAGCAGCAGCAGCAAGGUGGGAAGGAUGAUUCGCAAGGGUCGGGAGGGCAGUCAGAGAAAAAUGAUUACAGUUGAGCCAGUUUGCUCACUUUUGGGACGAUCAGUCAGUGUGUUGAUGCUGUUGGAUUGCACCGAUGGUGUUAUAGGGAUUAGAGAUUUGUUUGUUUGUUGAUAUAUAGGGAGAGGGAGAAAAGAGAGGGAAUUUGUGGAUUUUGGGUUCAUGGUUUGUUUGUCAUAAUAGGGAUUGGAUUGGAUUUGAGGAUUUUGCUUCCCUCUCUUUGUAAAUGGGUAAAACCAACAAGUUUCUUCAAACUAAAGGUGAUUACUUUACUCGAGUUUCCAUCUUCCAUAUCUAUUUUCGCCCAAAAACUUAACUUGUGAGUGAUAUUAAUGUCUGUUUGUUGUUCCCUUUUGGGGUUGUGGGACUUUUGAUGCAGGUGGGAGUUGUGCACAUCCAGAAAUAGGUGAAUUUUAUUCAACAGAAAGGUUUGUUGGAUAAUAGUGUGAGGUAUCUUUGUUUUCUCUUUUCCUUUUCACAAAUUAUUUGGUUCCUUCUCCAGGUUCUGAAUGGAGGGAUUGAUAGAUGAAGAUGAUCUGUUUUUAUUCUCCUGGGUUAUUGAAUAUAGAAAAUUGAGGUAUGCUCUUUAUAUUGCUAUACAGAUAGUAGCAAUAGAAUCUAUUGGGUACUUUGCCGUUAUUAUGUUAACACAUGGGCAGUUAGUAUACUAAUUCUUCAGUCUUGGUUAGUAAUUUUAUUUUCUUCCUCCCUUCUGCAUAAUUCUUAAGAGUUCAGGAUGUCAUUUUCCAUAAAGCAUCAAGCAGUCCAUCACAAGUUUCUUCAGCAACUCAAAUUAUUUUGACAAGAAUAGGUUCUCAACAUAUAAAAUGUUUGUCAACCGAAAGGUUGUCUGGUUGUGUGUGUGUCAGACAGAAUCGAAGUAUCGAACUAACCCUUCUCAACACCAUUAGUGAUUUGAGCAUAAGGUAUAACACAUGCAUGCGAAAUUUCAAGCCAUUGUGUUCAUUUUCGUGCGAGGACGCAUGUAAUUGUGCAAUGAAUGAUGUAUGACCUCAUUAUUGCACCUCUCUCAAUCACUCCUAAGUUAUUAAGAUGAAUUGGCUCUCGAUAAUUUGAUAUGGUACUUUGGCUCUUUCUGCUUGGAAUGCUUCAUGAGUUUUCUAAUUCCUUCUGAUAAAAAUCACAGCACAGAGAUGCUCUACAAUUCUGUGCCUGCAGGUUUUAGCUCUGACCUUCAGCUUAUAUUAGAUCAGUUGAACAAUUGGCAGAUUCUUUUGUUGCUACAUACUGCUGUUUUGACCCAUUUUUCCCACUUGUAUCACUGCCAUUCCUUUUGGUUCUAGUUGGAGUCUUUACUAUCUCAUACAUGUAUUGAUCGAAUUCGUUGUUAUAUGAAGUUCUCUGCUACGGAAGUGACACUUUCCCCUGCAUCCCUUCAGAAACUAUACAAGACCUCACAUGGAACAUGAUAUAUUUAUAUUAAAGUAUUGUCGUUACUUGGAAAGGAAGAAAAAGACAGAAAAUUG